AUGGCUGGCACCAGCGCAUCGCAAAUGCCCCCAGCUACGAUGUUUCCUGGUGAUACUAGAGUGCUGGCUAUCCGAUCAACAUCAAAUUCGACGAUGAGCUUUCUCACCGCCGCUCGUGUGUCUAGACAUCGAGUUCAACGCGUUAUCAUGAGAUUUAGCCAGCGUCGGUCAUGGCGUAGCGCAAGUCCAGAUUUUUGCGCGUAUUGA